UCACUUAUUGAGAGUAUUUUGGAAGCAAGACACAUGUGGACCUACUACCGGUAGUAGUGUUGCUUUCACGGGCUUGCUGAUGACUGAUGUGUAUACAUAAAGUCAUUACUGUGCAAGAAAGUUCACUCCAAAUUUUAAAAAUUUCUAGGGAACGUGCGCCUUGUCCGAACCAAAAAGGAAAUAUUUGAAAUCUUCAGUAUCACUACCCGGCCUGCUCCCCAAAAAUUGUAUCUAGCUAUUUCAUUGUGCAAGAAUCACUGCAAUUCUCCCUCAACAUGAUGGCUACUAAUGGAGGUCCGCAGUUGCUAAUGGCUACAAAGAGGAGAAAUCCUUUCGGCGAGCGGUCAUUGGCGGUUUUGCCUUCGGCUGAAGCCCAAUCAGCUACUGAAACAACACAAGCACGUUUGAUGUCCGCCCAGCAAAACCUCAUGCCCUUGCCUCAACCUGCCUGCCCAUUAGAUCGCGGCGAGUGCUUUGUGUGCCGCGUCAAUGAUGUGAUCGUGCAGUGUGAGUUCUGUGAGCGCAAAGCCUGCCAGGGCCACACCAAGCUGUGCCACCUUUGCACUGGCGUGUUCUGCUCGCUGUGCUCGACGAUAGACUACGAGGUGCGCUACGGCGACUCUGCAAUCUGCCUGACGUGCGAAGAUGAAAGGCGGCGUGGCAACCCUGGCCAUUCAAGGAAAACUCCGCAGCACAAUGUGACCUGGUCCGAAUCUCUACAUCCAGUUCAAGUCAAUGGCGGUGGCAGUGGUGGUGACGGCCAGCCAUCUGCAGGUCGAUUUUUUCAAUCAGCGCCAUUUGGCAGCAAGCGUGCUUGACUUCCUUGCUAUGCUCCACUUUAUUUAUCAAGUUUGGUUUUCGAGCCAGCAUUGACCCGAUUAUCGUAUGUGUUUGAAUUUUGAACCGGUAGAGAUGUUGGGUUUUUUAAGUUUAUGUUCUCGAAUUAGGUGCCUCCCAUUUAUUUUUUACCACUAGAAAAAUGCAGUAGAAUACCUACUGUGUCAUUUGCCUAUUUUAUCUAACUGUUCAUGGAAAUUCUGUGGAUGUGUACUUUGGUUCCAGUGGUAGAAGCUCUUUGUUUGAAUCUAGGCAGCUUUGUGUCUAAAUUAGAGUUAACGAGUAUGUGAUACUUCUGAAGUAUGCAUAAAUGCGUAGCGACAUCUUCUUUGCGAGUCUUAUUGAUUGGCUCUAUCCUGCAAAGGACAGUACAUACAUCAUGUACAUGAUCAUUGGUGUGUAGCCUUGCCACUGCCAGACAACGGGCUAGCGCCGGGCUGUACUAGCUGCAUGUCACAAUCAAAGCCGUGCAGGUUUUUUGCAAGGCCCUCUAUCCCUAGUCUUUGCACAUCGUCUCAGCACCAUCAGUGUUCUCUUCACUUCACGGUUUACUCAUACA